AUGGGUUUCUUCAACGACACCAAGGGCGACGACAUCGAGCACGGCUCUGAGCUCAAGCCCGACGACUCGACCAACAUCCAGGGUCAGACUGAUGCCGUCUUUGGUGAGGUGGUUGAGGGAGGCCCCAACUACCGCAACGUCAGCUGGAUAGGCUCCUCGAUCUUGAUGAUGAAGACCCAGAUCGGUCUUGGUGUGCUAUCCAUUCCCGCAGCCUUCGACACACUCGGACUCAUCCCGGGCGUCAUUUCUCUGCUUGCCAUUGGAUUCAUCACCCUGUGGUCUGGCUACAUGGUUGGCGUGUUCAAGGUCAAUCACCCCGAAGUUUACGGCAUCGAAGAUGUGGGGUGGAAGAUCUUUGGCCGCAGUGGCCGUGAGAUUCUGGGUCUCGGGUUCGCGUUAUUCUGGACGUGCGUUGCGGGGUCCGGUAUGCUGGGUAUCUCCAUCGCCCUCAACUCACUUUCUGAGCAUGGUGCUUGCACGGCCAUCUUCGUGGCCGUUGCCUGUAUCGCCGGCUUCGGUAUGGCUUCUAUCCAGACGCUGAGCAAAAUCUCUUGGAUUGCCUGGGUUGGUCUGGCUGGUAUCCUCUCAGCAAUCAUUACCCUUACCGUUUCCGUGAGCGUCCAGGAUCGUCCCUCUGCGGCCCCCCAGUUUGGUCCCUGGGAGUCUGACUUUGAGCUGUUCAAGUCGCCCACUUUCGCUGAGGCCGCAGCAGCCCUCUCUUCGUUGGUGUUUGCCUAUGCCGGUACGCCGGCAUACUUCAACAUUGUCUCUGAGAUGAAGGACCAUAAGGAGUACUUCAAGGCCCUCUCCCUCUGCCAGUUUGUCAUGACAGCUCUGUACGUCGCGAUUGGCGUGGUUGUGUACUACUACUGCGGCUCCUAUGUUGCAUCGCCCGCGCUCGGAUCUGCGGGUGUAUUGAUGAAGAAGGUGUGCUACGGUUUGGCGCUUCCCGGUCUUCUCGCGUCGGUGGUCUUGGUCACUCACAUCACCGCAAAGUACUUUUUCAUCCGCAUGCUCCGUGGCACCCAACAUCUCAACCACAACACCGCCAGGCACUGGAUUACUUGGUUCGGACUCACUGCCGCCGUCUCCAUCACUGCGUACAUCAUCGCCUCCGCGAUCCCCGUCUUUGGCGGCCUCGUGUCUCUGAUCGGUGCGCUGCUCGGUACUCUGAUGUGCUUCCAGCCCAUGGGCUGCAUGUGGCUGUACGACAACUGGAGCCGCAGCGACCGCAACUGGCGCUGGAAGGCGAUGGUCGCGUGGUCCGUUUUCGUCAUUGUGUCCGGUACCUUCCUCCUCAUCGGCGGCACGUACGGAUCCAUUGUCGGUAUCAUCGACAGCUACAACAAGGACGGCGGCACCGCUGCCUGGACGUGCGCAGACAACUCCAACUCCACUUAG